UACUGAUGACGUUUAGGCUAUAGCUGCUGAGAGAAAUGGCUAACGUCAGAUAACGGGAUGAACAUGCUUUAUUAAACACUAAAUUCAGCAAAUUGCUACAGGACACAAGCGGGAAUCAAGACAGGGCAAAGAUGCUGGAGUCUUAUGUGACCCCGCUCCUGAUGAGCUAUGUGAACAAGUACAUUAAGAAUCUGAAGCCGUCUGACCUGCAGCUCUCUCUUUGGGGAGGGGAUGUGGUGCUCAGCAAGUUGGACCUGAAGCUGGAUGUACUGGAACAGGAGUUGAAGCUGCCCUUUACAUUCAUGAGUGGUCAUAUCCAUGAGCUACGUAUCCAUGUACCUUGGACCAAGCUGGGCUCGGAGCCUGUAGUCAUCACCAUCAACACCAUGGAGUGCAUCCUCAAGCUAAGAGAUGGGUCCCAGGAUGACCACGACAGCGGCUCUAGCUCCACCAGCCGCAGUGUCUCAGACAGCUCCAAGGCUGUGGCCAAGCCUCGCCGCCUCCAGCAGGCUGCACCUACUGACCCUGACCUGCCCCCAGGUUACGUGCAGAGUCUGAUCCGACGUGUAGUGAACAACGUGAACAUUGUGGUGAACAACCUGAUCCUGAAAUACGUGGAAGAUGACAUUGUGCUGUCAGUCAACAUUACCUCAGCAGAGUGUUACACUGUGGAUGAUAUGUGGGAGAGGGCCUUCAUGGACAUCACUGCUCCAGAGCUGGUCCUAAGAAAAGUGAUCAACUUUGCUGACUGUACUGUGUGUCUGGACAAGCGGAAUGCGAGUGGCAAGAUCGAGUUUUAUCAGGAUCCACUGUUGUACAAAUGCUCCUUCAGAACGCGUCUCCAUUUUACCUACGACAACAUCAACUCCAAGAUCCCAUCUGUCAUCAAAAUCCAGACCAUGGUUGAGAGCCUGAAGUUGUCCAUUACUGAUCAACAACUACCCAUGUUUAUCCGAAUUUUAGAGCUGAUCAUUGCUCUCUACUAUGGAGAAAUUGGAGGUCACAAAGAGGGUGAAGGCGAGGAGGGCGUUGUCAGGGAGGCUGGAACAAGUUUACCUGGGGUGGAUGUAGAUAUGGAAAGGCAGGGGUCUGGCCAGUACUCCAGCCAGGACCUCUACAUGCAGUCUGUAAAUCUAGAAGAAACAGACCAGGGUUGGGUGUCCUGGGCUUGGUCCUUCGUCCCAGCUAUUGUAGGCACAGAGGAAGAAGAGGAGGAAGGCCUCUACCAGCAGCGAGAGGCAGGAGGCAUCCCCAGCAGCCCCCAACAACACACACCCAAAGACCCCAUCGUUGCCAUAGGCUUCUACUGCACCAAAGCUUCUGUUACCUUCAAGCUAACGGAGACCCAGUCAGAAAGCAGCUACUACAGUCCUCAGAAGGUCAAGUCAAGAGAGUUCCUGUGCGUGGAACAUGAAGGAAUCACUAUUGAGGUGCUCAUGAUGGGGGAGCCCUUCUUUGAUUGUCAAAUUGGCUUCGUGGGCUGCCGGGCACUCUGCCUGAAAGGCAUCAUGGGAGUACGGGAUUUUGAGGAAAACAUGAACCGACGUGAAGAGGAUGCAGUGUUCUUCAGCUGUGGGGACAGUCUAAGUAGUAAAGGAAUGACUUACCUCACCAACUCUCUCUUCGACUACCGGAGUCCAGAGAAUAACGGAGUCAGGGCCGAGUUCAUCCUGGAUGCUGCUAAUCACAAGGAGACCUACACGGAGAUAGCGGGCAUGCAGCGCUUUGGUGCUUUCUACAUGGAUUAUCUCUACACAAUGGAGAACAGCAGCAGCAAAGGCUCUCAAGAUUUCUCCGCAGUGAGUAUGGAGGAGGUAGUGCCUGUGGUUCAAGAGACAUCUAUCAAGAGGCUGGUGGUGGGACCUUUAGACAUCAGGCUACACAGCAGCGCUAUCCACCGCAUCCUCAAGAUGGUUACCUGUGCCAUGGACCAUGAGUAUGAACCCUACUGCAAACCACAGCGAGAAAUGAUUGAGGAGAGCAGUAGUCCAGCUACUGCAGAAGAGAUAUCACGCUUGGAGGAAUUCAUCCCAACCAGACUCACUUGUCUCACCCUGCUCCAAGUCUCAGUCACUGUUUCCAUGGCAGAGUUCAACCUCCUUCACACACUAAUGCCUGUCAUCAUGGGACAUAAGGCUGCACCAGGACCAGUCUCUGUGCCAGUGUUUCAGCCGGUGCACCCGCUACCCUCUGUGCAGUUCCAGGUGGAGAGGGUGAAUGUUGAGCACUCUGUACCCAUGUAUGCUCCAGAGCUGGUCACGACAGUUAGCAGUCUCAACCAGCCUUCUGACAACUUGCUACAUCACUGCUAUGCACACCUGUACCUUAAGGUGUUUGGGUUCCAGGCAGGCUUGACAUGCAGGGACAAUACAGGCAGUUUUCUGCCUCUCAUUCCCAUCAUCCCUUCCUUCAGCACUGCACUCUAUGGAAAGCUGAUUCAGAUGCCUGCAGUCUGGAGCAAAAGGUCUUCAGUCCCUACCACAGAGUGUAUUUUUGAACUUCCCCACUUCACUAUACAGGCCACAAGGGCCCAGACGCUUCUGCUCCAAGCAAUCUGUCAGAGCUGGACCCACAGCAUGGUCAACGGAGCCCCAUUGACACUCAGUGAAAGUUUGUUCAAUGAGGUGUACAAAGCUCCAGGUGUGAAAUAUCCAGGCCCGUCACCGACUCUCGAAGGCUCGGUCCAAAACCUGGAGCUGAAGUUCUGCAGCCGUGCGACGGUGAAAUGCGCCUCAGGAACUGUGGGAGCUGUAAAAGUGUGCGCCAGGACCCCAGGUUCAGGAGAGGGAGUGAAGGAGAAGCUGGUUCCUCUGAUUCAAGGCCCAUCUGACACCAAAGAACUCCAUAUGAGUCGCUGGCUCAAUGAGAUUCGCAAGCCUGAAUCUUUGCUGGCCCCAGACCUGCUGGCAUUUUCUGUUCAGGUCCCUCAGCAAGAAGACGAUUGCAGGAACUCAGGUGCCGUCCUGUUGGUCAGUGUCCAAGGCAUAGCUGUCAAUGUGGACCCAAUCUUUUGCACAUGGCUGUUAUAUCAACCUCACAGAGGGAGCAGCAGACAACAGCAACAGAAUCCAGGUCCAGUUCCUCAGGCCAAGAGGAGAGAGGACGAAGCGUCGGUAGGAAGCACGCCACUGGCCAAACAGCCCUCCAACCAAGCCUCAGACUAUGCCAGCAGCCCAGUGAAAACCAAGACGGUGACAGAAUCGCGUCCCCUGUCCAUCCCAGUGAGGGUGAUGCCUGACACCACAGCUGUGGAGUCAUGGACAACAUCAGAGGAGCAAAUGAAGGAACUCAUCACCCAUGCCUGGGAUGCUGUUAAGCGACUUACUGUACAGUUGGAGCUGCAGUCAUGCUGUGUGUUCCUGCCUAAUGACAGCCUCCCCUCUCCCAGCACCAUCAUCUGUGGUGACAUUCCCGGCACUGUCCGCAGCUGGUACCACAACCAGGCCUCCAUGCCGGGGACUCUGGUAAUAUGCCUGCCCCACAUUAAUGUCCUCAGUGCUGGGCACAAGUACAUGGAACCGCUGCAGGAGCUCCCCUUUGUGGUCUCUAAGCCCAUCUUGGAGGAAGGUGAUGCCUUCCCAUGGACAAUAAGCCUGAGUCAGUUCAGCAUAUACACAUUGCUGGGACAGCAGCAAAGCCUGAGCCUGUUGGAGCCUAUGGGCUGCACCUCCACGCUGGCUGUCACAUCCCAUAAGCAGCAGAGCUGUUCUGAAGGAAGGCACUCGUUUGUAGUCUGCCUCCAUGUUGAUCUACAGCCUGUUCAUGUCAAGUGCUCCAACCCUCAGGUCCAACUGCUGUACGAGCUCCUCCUCAGCUGGAGCUCUACGUGGGCUCGUCUCCAGAGACAUGGCAUUUUGCGUCAGACUUCCAACAUCCCAGACCCCCCUGCUGGUGCAGCUCCAUCCUCCCCAGUGCGCAGCAGUGCUGGCACCGCCCUGCCUGAUACCAGCACCUGCAGCCCCUCUGCAGAUUUUGGCUCACCCACUGAGGGUGACUCAGUGCCUCCUGGAGAUGACGGUCCUUUUGCUGACACAGUGACUCUGGAGCAGAAGACCAGCAGCAUCGGUGGAAACAGCGGGAAAGUCAGCCUUUGGAUGCAGUGGAUGUUACCCAAGGUCACAGUCAAACUGUUUGCUCCUGACCAAACCGCCAAAAAGACAGAGAUCUGUGUCAUCAGUGAGCUAGAAGACCUGAGUGCCUCUGUAGAUGUCCAGGAUGUUUAUACAAAGAUCAAAUGUAAAGUGGGCAGCUUCAACAUCGACCACUACCGAUGCAGGCCAGGGCAGGGCUGGCACUCUGGUCACUAUGAAGGACUCAUUCUGCAGUGCAAGGAGACAGCUGUGACUGCAGCUAAAGUCCUGGAGGGCUCUCACCAGCAACAUGGCUUCCUGUCAAUCACCUACACUCAGGCUGUCACCAAAAAUGUCCGUCACAAACUCACCACCCGGCCUGAGCGGCCAACACGCAGCAGCGCUUCCACUGCCGUUCAGCGGGUGGCCGCUGAUCCUCUGGCAGACAGCUCUCCUCAGUACCUGAGAGAAAUCCUGCUGACAGCGCAGCCCUUUGAUGUGGUCCUAUCCUGUCCCUUACUGGCCACUGUAGCAGGGGUGUUCCAGGCGAUGGUACCCAGACGCUACAGGGAGCGUGGGAAGUCAGCAGGGCAACCAAUGAGAAGCCACACACUGACCUCACGGUGUUUGCCUCUCAUCUACAUCAACACUAGUGUGAUCAGGGUCUUCUGCCCUGGAACACAAGACAAACAUACAGCCACAGAUCCCCAUGUGAAGAAAGAAGACACUGUAGUUUUAAAGCUUGGUUCCCUCAGCAUGGCUCCUCAGGCUGAUAACCCACUGACCCGCACAGUAUUGCGAAAAGACAUCUACCAACGUGCAUUGAACCUUGGCAUCCUGCGUGACCCAGGCUCCGAGGUGGAAGACCGUCAGUAUCAGAUCGACCUCCAGUCCAUCAACAUUGGAACUGCUCAGUGGGAGCAACUCAAGCCAGAAAAGGAGGGAAUCAAAGGAGGUGUAUCAGCAGAGAAUGAGAGGAGCUCCCAGAAUCCAGCCCUGGAGUGGAACAUGGCAAGCAGUAUCAGGAGGCACCAGGAGCGACGGGCCAUCCUGACACCAAUCUUGACUGACUUCUCUGUUCGGGUGACUGCUGCCCCAGCUAUCAUCUUUAGCAAGAAUCUCUCCCCUGACAGCGGACAGUCAGAGGAGGUGGUGGUGUGUGGCCACUCUCUGGAGGUGAAUGUGACCAGCAGUCUGGAUUUCUACCUCAGUAUUGCCCAGGUGCAGCUCCUUCAGCAGCUUCUCAGAGACAACAUGGUGGGCAUGGACGCCCCAGAGAAAAGUGCUGAGGUGCAUCGACAUGAACAAAAGCGGCGCAGUCGAGACCCUGCAGCAAGCGCCGACUCUUCCUCUCGUCACAGUGGGACCGGGCAGGACAGUGGCUUUGGCAGCGACAGUGCUUGUAUACGGAUUGUCCAAAUAGAGCAGCAGAGCGGGGCCAGCCACCACUGCAUUGCUAGGCCCUCCCACAAGUCCACCAUUACUAAGAACCUCAGCUUCAUCCCUUUCGACAUCUUUCUCACCGCUAGUAGGCUUUCUGUCAUGACCUAUGCUUGCUCCAGUCCCCCAAAGACCCUUCCCUCAUUGUCGGAUACUCCCAGUACACCAGAGAAGAAGGAACCUGGGGAUAAGAUGGGAAAAAGUGCUCUGAACCAGCCUGAGAUGCUGUCUGAGUCUCCUCCAGCCUCAGCUUCCCCAACACCAGAUCCUGCUCCAACUGCCCAGGGUUCACUUGCUGGCCUAACGGCUGAAGACAUCCUCAACAGCAACACUUCCCAGCCAGCCUCCCCACUGCUGAGAGGAAGCCUGCUCUCCCUGGAUGGCCUGCCCACUCCCACCCGCUCCUCAGCCCGCCAAGCUCUAGGUGUUACCAUAGUGAGGCAGCCAGGAAGAAGAGGGGCUGGGGACCAGGUGUUGGAGCCUCUGUUGUACCUCCAAGUGAUGCAACCCUCUGCUUUGCUCAGCUGCCACCAUCGCAAGCAGAGGAUGGAGCUGUCCGUGUUUGAUGUGUCCUUAAGAGGGGUGGCCUCUGAUUACAAGUGCCUCGACCCAGGGAAGACUCUGCCAGAAUCUCUGGACUACAAUGUGUUUUGGCUACAGACAGUAGCAGGAGAGGCGGACAGUAAAACGGGCAUCCCUCCCCCUCUGCUUUGCCUCCAGAUCAAAGAUUUCCUCAAUGGACCAGCUGAGCUGAAUAUUGAACUGUCACGACCCCUAAAAAUCAAUCCCACUUUGGCAAAGCUGGAGCAGGCCAAAGCCUAUCUGAAGAUGGUCCUACCAAACCAAACGUGGGAUCCCUCCAGUAAACCACCAUCUGCUUCCUCAACCCCUCAUUCGUCCCCUGCAAAGACACUGCACAGGGGGUUUUCUCCUCGUUCAGACCCACACCAUCAGGCAUCCUCCGUGGGUAAAGCCAGCAGUGUUCGGGCCAUGGCGCUGUCCUUCCACAAGGUCUCCCUGCACACUGCCCAGAUUGUAGUAGUCAUGGAGACAGAGGCCCAUCCAAUGAAGCCCAGCAUGACAGUGUCCGUGUCGGCCAUGACAGGAAAUCUGAACAUGAAGUCCGGUCCUCGGAUAGAGGAUACAGUUCAGGCUGCCUCUGUGCUGCUGGAGUUUAAAGAUGUGUUCGUGAGAACAGGACUGAAGGAUCGGAGUCGCGUUCUUCUGGGACCGUUCACCUGCAGCAGCUCGCUGGAGGCUCGGUGGUGUCGGCACAGCGGCAGCCCUGGACCUGAGCCUGGCCCCCCUAAACUACUGCUGGACCUCAAGGGAGGCCUGCUGCAGGUCUUUUGGGGCCAGGAACACCUAAACUGCCUGAAACUGGUGGAGGAGCACCUCCGCACCUACCUGCAUCUCCAGAAAGGGGAUUUGACUGAUGGCUGUUUGAAGGGCAAGGCCAACCCCACCCCGCCACCUCCCUCCCCAGGCUCUCCCUCUCCUCGGACAGAGCACAGCUCAGAUGACUUACGCACAGGACAUUUUCAGUACAUCCAGGACUCAGCUUCACAUAGACUGCCAGGACCCCAUGAGGUGGUGUUUUACACAGAGACGGAGGACAGCCCAGGGGUCAUGCUUUGGCGAUACCCUGAACCCCGUGUCCUCACCUUUGUCAGGAUAACACCUGUCCCUUUCAACACCACAGAAGACCCUGAGAUCAGCACUGCCGACCUGGGAGAUGUCCUGCAGAUACCAUGCAGUCUAGAAUACUGGGACGAUCUCCAGCAGGCCUUUGUUCCAUACCGGGAGUUCAGCCUGUCAGAAAGCAGCGCCUGCCAGCUGCAGCUGCCCAGCCUCAGCCUCACCAACCAGCAGAAGGAGCUGGUAGCUUCAGACCUGUGGAGGAUCGUACUCAAUAAUAACGGAGAGGGAGGAGAUGAACAGAGUUCGGAUAGUGAAUGUGGGUCCCAGCUACCCUGUGAUCAGUUGGUUUCUCCGAUGGCAUUGGCAGCCUGUGCCCGUGUGGAUUCCUGCUUUGCACCGUGGUUUGUCCCCUCCCUGGGUGUGUCCCUACAACUAGCACAGCUGGAAGUUCACCUCUGCCACCACCUAGAACAGCUGGGUACAGUUCCAUCUCGACAUCUUCAUCCCUUCCUGCCAGACAGGAAGUUACCUCAGGAGCAGGAGUUCAUGUUGAUAGGUGCCCGGGAGCCACGGGUCUUCUUACGCCAGUGGAGCAACGGACCACGUCACUGUCAGGAGUUCAACUUUUCCACCCAGAUAGACUGCAAGCUGCUGGAGUACCGAAAUCUAACACACGUUCAGCUUCUUCAGUCUUGUGUACUACAGGGCCAGGCUGCAGCCACCUGCUGUCCCCAGAACACCUCUUUGGAUGUGAAUGUGUUUGUGGACCCAGUGUUCCUGAAUAUCAGCCAGUAUGCCAUCCACACUAUGGACACUGCUCUACAAAGCUGGCAACAGAAUGGGAACCCAGAGGCAGAGGAGCUAUUGUAUAGCCACUAUGUCAUCUGUAAUGACACACAUGAGACACUGCGCUUUGGCCAGGUGGACACGGAUGAAAACGUGCUGCUGGCAAGCCUGCACAGCCACCAGUACAGCUGGAGAUCCCACAAGUCCCCUCAGCUGCUGCACAUCUGCAUCGAGGGAUGGGGGAACUGGCGCUGGUCGGAGGCCUUCAGUGUGGACAACGUGGGAACUUUACUGAGAACCAUUCAGUACAAAGGCCGCACCGCCUCACUUAUCAUCAAGGUUGUGCAGCUCAAUGGUGUCCAGAAGCAGGUAAUAAUCUGUGGACGGCAGGUGAUGUGCAGCUACCUGACACAGGACAUUGAGCUGCGAGUGGUGCAGCACUACGUGGGUCCUGACAGUCAGACGGUGGUUAGAGAACACUGCGACUGUCUGGAGGCAGGAGCCAAGAUGCCUUCCUAUGUGCUGGAGGAUGCAGAAAUGACAGAACUGUGUGUGAGAGCUCGAGGAGAUGAAGACUGGUCCCAGGAUGUCCAGCUGGAGAGGAGGGACAAGGGCAGCAGCAGCUCUGUUGUACAGGUGCCCUGUUCCAGUGGCUCCUUGCUUUAUGUGUGGUGUACUCUCAUCACUGUUGAACCUGAUUCUCACAUGCAGCAAAGAGUGGUGGUUUUCAGUCCACUGUUUGUCAUGAGGAGCCACCUACCAGAUCCACUAAUUGUCCACAUAGAAAAGAGGAGUCUCGGACUGAGAGAAAGCCAGCUGAUACGUGGACAAGGCCACCAAGAGCCCCUGUUAAACACUGAAGCUGAUCUCACCCACCACCUCACUUUUCAGGCCAGGGAGGAUGAAGAUGCUUCACACUGUGCUGUACCCAUCUCCACCAGUCUAAUCAAGCAGAUAGUACAUAAGACUGGAAGUGAAGACAACCCAGAACACAUCCUGGCUGAUUUCUACGGUCCGAAGUCCACCAGUGAGCCACCAUGGCCUUACGUCACUAAAGAUACUGACAGGUCAGUGCUAGAGCCCCUGGCCCAGUGGGACAGUCCUAUGCAGGUGAAGUUAUCCUGCUGGAAGUCUGGUCUAAACACACUUCUGGUGGAGCUGCUCCCCUGGGCCCUGCUGGCCAACGACUCCCAAUGGGACCUCUGGCUCUUUGAAGGGGAGACCAUUGUACUGCAGAUACCAGCCGGCAAGGUCAUAGUUCCACCCAACUUCAAGGAAGCCUUCCAGAUUGGUAUCUACUGGGCCCACACCAACACCGUCCACAAGUCUACAGCACUGAAACUAGUCCAUGACUUGACUUCUCCUAGAUGGAAGGAGGGAUCGAGCUCCGAGGUGGUCACUCUGGAUGAGGAGGGCUAUGUAGAAGCAGACAUCAUGCUUGGAGCCUUCCCUGGGAGACAGAAGCUGUGUCAGUUCUGUGUGUCAUCUGUGGUGAGACACGGCAUUCAGAUCCUACAAAUAGAAGACAGAACAAUUUUCGUCAACAACACUUCUUACACCGUACACUACAGGCCUCUGCUGACUGACCAUGCACUGGGAACUGAUGACCAGGCUUGUGAGAUACCAGAGACCACAGUAUUCACCCUGCCUCCUUCUGAGGAGUCAUCUCUUGCCAAGCCAUGUUCAGUGCCAUGCUGGGACGUCCUUCAAAGUGUCCAGGGAAAGGUGGAGUUCCCUUUACCACUCAGACACAUGCUCUUCAGCUUGUUUCCAAGGCCCGAUGCUGGAGUUGGAGCUGCAGCAUGGAGCCUCCCUGCUCCCAUCCGAGCAGACUUCCCUAGGCAGAGUUUGUCUGUUCCCGGGGAACCGGACUCAGGGGGUGGCCUGAGCAGCAGAGCCAUAGUACUGACAUAUCAAGAACACCUUGGGGUGACAUAUAUCACCCUAAAUGAAGACCCUUGUCCCCGUAUGCUGAUCCACAACAAGUGUCCUAUCCCACUGCUGUUGAAGGAAAAUGUGAAAGAAACUCCAAGAACUGAGGUAUACUCUCGUCCUCUGCCUGCCAACUGUUCUCUACACCAUGAGCUCCACCAUCACUUCUACAGUUUCCCAGAGUGCAAGCAGAAAGAGAUGCUCCCCACACUGCUGCUGAAAACCACCUCAGACCACAGCACCACCGACUGGACAGACCCCAUAGACAUCAACUGCCCCGGCACUCAGGUGGUGUUCCUGCCAGGCUUUGGCUGUCUGUACAUAGACGUAUUGUAUGAGAGAGGCACCCUGGUUCUGUCUCUUGCACCAGAGGGCAGCGUGGACGCUGUAAUCAACCAACACAGCGGGACUUCCAAGCUGUCUGUUAGAGUCCUCCUGAGUGAGGCCAGCGUGGCAUUAAGUGAUGACAUCACCAGUCCCUCUGGUUCUGUGGAGCUGCUGAGGCUCACGUUAACCAAACUGCUCCUCAGCCUGGCUCCUGCACCCACCUCCCUUCCCCCAGAGCUGGCAGCUGAGCCUGGCAUGGGCGCAGCAUCCAUGUCAGCUCUGAUGUCUGACGCUUCUCUGAUCGAGGUCUACUGCUCCAGUCUGCAAGUGGACAAUCAGUUGUAUAACCGGGCGAGUUUCCACUUCCCUGUGCUGCUGUGCCAAGAUCAGAGAGGGGGAGCUGAACCCGGGGGUCCGUGGACCAGUGAUGCCAACCCCACCGAGUCCCCUGAAGCACUAGAAGAGUUCAAACGCUCCUGUUUUCUGCAGCUGAGGAUUCUGCUCGCUGGGGACAAAUGCACUGCAGAGGAGGUCACAUUCCAGCUCCAGCCUGCCAGAGUCUACCUUGAAGAUACUUUUGUUUACUACAUUAAGACCCUGUUCAACACCUACAUCCCUGACAGCGCUUUUACCUCAGCAGAGUCCCAGAGGAGCAAAGAGCCUGGAUCAGCCCCCUCUCUCCCUGAACAGGUUCUUCAGUCGGUGCAGGCGUUAGUUCAUCCUGUGAGGCUGCAGAGGCUGACCAUCCAGCCAGUCAACCUGCUAGUCAGCAUCCACGCCUCCCUGAAGCUCUACAUUGCUUCAGACCACACUCCUCUCUCCUUCUCCCUGUUUGAGAGAGGGCCUCUCUGCACUACAGCCAGACAGCUGGUUCAUGCUCUGGCCAUGCAUUAUGCGGCAGGAGCCCUCUUCAGAGCUGGCUGGGUGGUGGGAUCUCUGGAGAUCCUCGGCAGUCCUGCUAGCCUUGUGCGGAGCAUCGGUAACGGUGUGUCUGACUUCUUUCGCCUGCCAUAUGAGGGUCUGACACGUGGACCCGGAGCCUUCGUCAGUGGAGUGUCUAGGGGGACCACCUCCUUUGUCAAACAUAUCUCAAAAGGGACUCUGACGUCCAUCACCAACUUAGCCACAAGUCUGGCGAGGAACAUGGACCGUCUGUCUCUGGAUGAAGAACACUACACCAGGCAGGAAGAGUGGAGACGACAACUACCAGAGAGCCUCGGGGACGGACUGAGACAGGGACUAUCACGACUCGGCAUUAGCCUCUUAGGGGCAAUAGCAGGCAUUGUGGACCAGCCCAUGCAGAAUUUCCAAAGGAACUGGGAGCUGCAGAGCUCAGCGGGUAGCAAAGCCAAAGGGAUGAUCUCUGGAGUGGGGAAAGGCAUUGUGGGGGUUUUUACCAAGCCCAUUGGAGGAGCAGCUGAACUGGUGUCCCAGACUGGAUAUGGGAUCCUCCAUGGAGCAGGGCUGUGGCAGCUUCCUAAACAGAUCUACCUGCCUACAGAAGAGAAGUCUGCUCUGGCUCCGAACAGCCACCUUAAAUAUGUCUGGAAAAUGCUGCAGUCUUUGGGGCGCCCGGAGCUCCACAUGGCCCUGGAGGUGACCAUCGUGAGUGGGUCGGGUCAGGAGCAUGCCGGCUGUCUGCUGCUCACCUCUGAGGUGCUGUUUGUGGUCAGCCUCAGUGAGGAUACCCAGCAGCAGGCCUUCCCAAUCACAGAGGUGGAGUGUCAGCAGGAGCCAGGACAGCAGGGCCAGCUCACUCUCACGUUACAGCAGCAGACAGUAGCCAGCGACACUGAGGGCGACGGUGUUCGUGAGCGUCUGUCAGAGCAGCAGUAUCGGCGUCUGGUGGAUUACGUGAUGCGAGCAUCCCAGUUCCUUUCCCCCUCCACUGCUUCUCUCCAGCAGCAGCCCCCAGUGACGCUCGCAGAGCCGCCGCCUUCUGUCACCAAGUGUUACCGCUACCUGGUGGAUCCGGCCUUUGCUAAGGUGUUUGUCAGCAAGUUCACUACUGUAAAGAAUAAAGCCUUACACAUUGGAUUCCACUGAUACACAAUAACACACCUGUGGCUUUCUGAGAGUGAAAGCUAUGAUAUGAUCAGAGCUUUUGUUCAAAUUUAAAGUAAGUCUUAAAUAAAUCUCAUCCUCUAAAAAUAUAACAUCACAUUUAUGUAAAACAUACUUUUUAAAAUAAAGAUGAAUAUAUAUUUAGGUAAGUCCAUGUGGACGCCCAUGCCUUAGGGAUGUAGAGAAUUCAUAGAAAUUGUCUUUGUUUUUUUUAUGAACAAUAGCGAUUCUCAGCACACAAAGAACAUCAGUGGGAUAAAAAUUAAUUUUAUUCAUAGAAACAGGAUUUGUAGGUUUGGACAUUUCAGUGAGCAUAUACUGUAGUGAACACUAAAACAAAUAAGAGUUAUGUCAACUCAAAGUUAGAGUUUAGUCAGUGUGAAACCUCCUCAGUGUUACAGACAGACAUGUACAGCCAGCAGGAGUCUCUCAGAUCAGUUUCACUUCUGUCUAAACAGUCUGUAAUGGUUCACUCUGCAGAACAAGCUCUUGGUGUUUACAUUCUACAUAUAAUGAGUCAAUGUCUCAUGCCAAUGUUAAGUGCAAUUUUAUAUACAUGUUGAUGGAUGCUAGAGAUACCAGCUGUCAACCAAAAUGUUUUUAUACAUGAUGUAACAUACCUGUUUGACAAUAACACUGUUCUUUGUAACCUUAUGUUGAUGCCAACUCAUGAUGCAAACAUGUAAUUGUUGCCUUUUAUAUUGUUGUGGCACUGAGCUCUAUGUAAGAUUAAAGUAUAAUGCCUUUGAUGUAUAAAUGGAUAAUAUAUUAAUAGAGAAACCCAUUUUAUUAAAAAAAAAUAACUUGUAGAAAU